AUGGCGUCGGGAUGGGGAAUCACGGGGAACAAGGGCCGCUGCUACGAUUUCUGGAUGGACUUCAGUGACUGCAUGUCCCGAUGUCGGGAGCCCAAGGACUGCACACUCCUCCGCGAGGACUAUUUCGAGUGUCUGCACCACUCUAAAGAGACCUCCGUCACUGCCCUAGUCAUCUCCGACGACCUUCAUCCGCCUGUCUUUGGGAGGAGAUAUGGGCAGAGAUCUUCGAACGACGCCAUCACCGGACGUCCGCCGCCUCCUGCAGCCGAAGUAAACUCGGGUACUUCUCGCACGUCUUCAGGUGCAUUUGCUGUGCUCCCUUCCUCAUAA